UGAAGUUUAUCUCUGCUUGGUCACCGUCACUAUACUAUACUUAUAGCUAGACAGGCAGACGCAGACAGUUGUCAACGGAUAAACGGGUUCUGUUUUGAAUCCUUUAAAGUGUCGAAGCAGUAACCAACUUGUUAAUAAAUCCUGUUAUUUGUGAUUACAAAAAAAAUUGCAGUGUUCUGGAAAUCGCUGUUGAAAAAGUACAUAAUCAAAUCGUACCACCCAAAGCUUGAGGCCUCCUACAAACAUUCUUGUUUUCAAUACGUAUUGCUCAUUAUGAUAACAGAUAAGAGGAUUCUGUUGCAAACAAAAUUUUAUCUGCUAAGCAGAUUCCUAUGGCAUUCAUCAUGCCGAUUUUAUACAGCGUGGUGGCUCGGGGGACAACGAUAUUAGCGAAGUAUGCUGCUUGUAGUGGAAACUUUGAUGAGGUAACAGAGAAUAUACUGACCAAAAUACCACCGCAAGAUGACAAACUCACGUAUACCCAAGGGAAAUAUUUAUUUCACUACAUCUGCGAGGACAACAUUAUUUACAUGUGCAUCACGGACGAUGACUUUCAAAAAUCCAAAGCGUUCUUGUACCUUGCGGAAAUGAAAAGACGAUUCUUGGCAGCGUAUGGCCAAGAUGCGCAAACCGCAGUUGCGUACUCAAUGAACACGGAUUUCGCCAGAACUUUAGCUAGUACAAUGAAACAUUACAGCGAAUCGAAUAAGGAGAUCGAUGUGCUGGCUAGCGUUAUGGGCGACCUCGACGAUUUGAAAGACAUAAUGAGCAAAAAUAUCGAUAUCGUCGCGAUGCGCGGUGAACGGUUAGAACUCCUCGUAUACAAGACUGAAAACUUAUCUGCCAACUCGGUUACAUUUAGGAAAACUAGUAGAAAUUUGGCGCGCUCGUUAUUCUGGAAAAACGUAAAAAUCUACGUAAUUAUUGGUGCUAUACUGAUCGUUGUAAUAUACGUUAUCGUAUCGAUAUCUUGUGGAGGACUGGCUUGGCCAAAGUGCGUCGGUAAUUAAUUCGUUUUAUUAGAGAUACAACGCGUCGUAUCUCGAACAUGUGAUAGGAUUCUAAUCGCAAGCGAUAAAAAACUGAACAGCCACCUAUGGUGCAGAUUUUAUUUCCUCGUUUCGCUACACGUACAAACGACUGAUGGAGGGACGAUCACUUCAGCGAAACAAAAAAUGAAAAGAAUAUAUUGUUAGGUAAUGUGUAGAUAUAAAUAUGAAAACAUGUAACGCUUAUAUUAUUUUUACUAUUACCAAAAAGAAAAGUCAUACCAAUAUAGUUUGUAUGUCUCGAGCGACGAGCAUAAUUUUAACUCCUAUAUAUAUCUUGUACUAUACAUUCUAUGAAAAAGGAAUAAAAUAAUUCUAGCACGUAAA